AUGCCAUUGCACAAAACGCACUCCCUGCGCAGUAACCUGCGUAUGCUGCACAGCUCCGGGUACCGGAUAUGCCAAGCCUCCUUUUCCACGACAGCUAGACGCACCAACUACGACGCUACAAUCCAGAACCUCAAGAUUGGCUCUCACACCCGCGUCAUCUUCCAGGGAUUCACCGGGAAACAGGCUACAGCCAAUGCAAAGGAGUCGAUAGAAUGGGGGACAAAUGUAGUCGGCGGCGUCAAGCCCAAUGGCUCGGGAGAGCAUCUGGGACUGCCUGUUCUGCCCUCUGUGAGAGCAGCAAUGGAGCAGCUGAAGCCUGAUGCAACUGGAAUCUAUGUUGCAGCCCACCAGGCUACUGCUGCAAUUGAGGAAGCAAUCGAAGCAGAGGUGCCGCUUAUCGUCGCAGUGGCUGAGCACAUACCAUUGCAUGAUAUUAUGAGAAUCCAUUCCAUGCUGCAAUCCCAGUCAAAGUCACGGCUUGUAGGUGCCAAUGCCCCGGGAAUCAUCUCAGCUGUUGGGAAGUGUAGGAUUGGCUUCCAGCCACUACCGACAUUUUCACCUGGUCACAUUGGUGUUGUGGCAAAAUCCGGCACUCUCUCUUAUGAGACUGUGGCAUCCCUGACAAGAGCCGGGCUCGGACAGAGUUUAUGCAUUGCAGUCGGCGGAGACGUGAUUGCAGGCACAAACUUUGUGGAUGCUCUCAAGGUCUUUGAGCAUGAUGAUGACACCGAGGCUAUCAUUAUUGUAGGUGAACUCGGUGGUACAACCGAAGAAGAGGCGGCGGAUUGGAUCAUAGAUUACAGAAAGCGCGUAAAAAAUCCCAAACCCAUUGCUGCUGUCAUUGGAGGUUUUCAGGCACCACAUGGCAAGGUCAUGGGCCAUGCUGGGGCUUGGGUUGGCCUUGGAGAAGGCACCGCAGAGGCAAAAUACAAGGCACUGGAGAGUGCUGGAGUGACCAUGGUUGAUCAUCCUGCGAAGUUUGGCGGGGUGAUGAAAAGCAUUCUUGCAAAGUCUGGUCGUAAUGUUGGGAAGAUUGAACAAUCAGCAGCCCAGCAACGCCGCUCAUAUCAUACAUCUCCAAAGCGGCCUAUCACAAACUUCUCCAAAACCGAUGCUUCAUUUACACAAAAGCGCUCCCUCCACCUCUCAAAAGAACAGUCCACAGCCCUCCUCAAAUCCUUCAAUAUCAACCUCACCAUACCCCCAGAAGGCUCCCCAUCAACCCACUACCUAGGCAUUUCUCCCGACCGCUCUAAUCGCUCCCCCUCCAUCAUCGCCGCCCCAACAGCCAACCCCUCCAAACUCACCCACCGCAUCCGUCGUUUCCCUUUCGACUACCGCACCGGGCCCACUCCAUCUGCCAUUGCCGCCGCAACAGCCCACAUGCAACUCUCAGCCUUGCCACCAAAAUCCAAAUCCCAACUCGUCCAAGCCAUCCACAACCUCUGGAACCUCUACACCUCCAAAGAAGCCAUAGACGCCCACAUCAAACUCGCCCUAUCCGUUGACUCCGACGACCUCCUCUUCUACGACCCCUACCUCUUCUUCGACGACGCAGCCUUCAAAUCCGGAAAACGCCACUCCGACCUCCACGCUCUGCGCGAUCAGACUGCAAUAAGCGCUGCAGACCGCGAGGCAGAAGAAGCAGGAAUCGUCUACAUUCCUCUUGAUUCUCCCACAGCUAGUUCCGAGUCCAGUCCUAAACAUCUAGUCGGCACCCUAGUCAACGGCGCAGGCCUCGCCCUCAACGUCCUCGAUACCCUCGCCCUGCGCCUCUUACCCACCACGUCCGCUGCCAACUUCCUCGAUACAGGCGGCAAAGCUACAUCUGCAACUAUUAAAACAAGUUUCAAGCUUCUCCUGUCUGAUCCGCGCGUCAGCGUCAUCUUCGUGAAUAUUUUCGGGGGUCUCACGCUCUGCGAUAUGAUUGCUGAGGGCAUCAUACUCGCGUUUCGGCAUGUGGGCGUCGAGAAACCGGUCGUGGUGCGGUUGAGGGGCACGAAUGAGGAGAAAGGACAAAAAGUGCUCGAGGAGGCCAAACUGCCGAUUUAUGUUUUUGAUGAUUAUGAGGAGGCGGUGCAGAAGGUGGGGGAGUUGGUUGGUAAGGCUGUGAAUGUAUAG